AUGGCGGAUAUCGACAAGCUCAACUUAGAGAGCAUCAUACAACGGCUGCUGGAGGUGAGAGGAUCGAAACCUGGCAAAAAUGUCCAACUUCAAGAAAACGAAAUCAGAGGGCUGUGCUUGAAGUCUCGAGAGAUCUUCCUCAGUCAGCCCAUUCUGUUGGAGCUUGAAGCACCGCUGAAAAUAUGUGGUGACAUCCACGGACAGUACUAUGACUUACUUCGCCUCUUUGAAUAUGGGGGAUUUCCACCAGAAAGCAAUUACCUGUUUCUUGGUGAUUAUGUCGAUCGAGGGAACCAGUCCUUGGAAACCAUUUGCCUCUUAAUGGCCUACAAGAUAAAAUACCCUGAAAAUUUUUUCCUCCUCAGAGGGAACCAUGAAUGCGCUAGCAUUAAUAGAAUUUAUGGCUUUUAUGAUGAAUGUAAAAGAAGAUACAACAUCAAGCUGUGGAAAACCUUUACAGACUGCUUUAAUUGUUUACCAAUUGCAGCCAUUGUGGAUGAGAAAAUAUUUUGCUGCCAUGGAGGCUUAUCGCCAGACCUCCAGUCCAUGGAACAGAUUCGACGCAUUAUGCGCCCUACUGAUGUGCCCGAUCAAGGCCUUCUCUGUGAUCUGCUGUGGUCUGAUCCAGAUAAGGACGUGCUUGGAUGGGGUGAAAAUGACAGAGGGGUGUCUUUCACCUUUGGAGCUGAAGUUGUCGCAAAGUUCCUACACAAACAUGAUUUGGAUCUGAUAUGCAGAGCUCAUCAGGUGGUUGAAGAUGGCUAUGAGUUCUUUGCAAAAAGGCAGCUGGUCACCCUGUUUUCUGCUCCCAAUUACUGCGGGGAGUUUGACAAUGCAGGCGCCAUGAUGAGUGUGGAUGAGACUUUGAUGUGCUCCUUUCAGAUCUUGAAGCCUGCCGAGAAGAAGAAGCCCAACGCUAGCCGACCUGUAACACCCCCCCGGGGGAUGAUCCCGAAACAAGCAAAGAAAUAAUCACUCCUGGCCCGGCCUAGUUGGGACUUAUACUAUAGUAUAUAAUCUCAAUUUUUUGAAAAGAAACGGUAACAUGUAUUGGUCAGCUUGCUAAGACUAGAUUUAAAUGUGUUUGUGGUUUUUCUGUUCAUUUUAAUGGAUGGCUUUGGCUGGUUGUCACAGCAAAGGAGGCUCUCGCUUCUCGA